GGCGGAUUCCUUCAUGUCUUGGUCUUCAAGGCUGUGGAGAGCGAAUGUCGUCAUGAGCGAACAACAGGACAGUAUGGCCACUGUUGCUGUUAGUCCAAGUGAAUACCUUCAGCCCUCCACUGCUUCUACACAACAGGACACACAGCCGUCUCCUCUGGCCCUUCUGGCUGCUACUUGCAGUAAAAUCGGACCUCCCGCCGCUCAGGCACCCGUCACCUCUCCUCCAGCGCAGCCGCAGCCUCGCAGGCUUCAGCCCAUAAAGCCCGCCCCCAUUGCACCGGCUCCGCCCAAAAACCUGGGUUUCCUCUCAGCGAAGGGCAAUGUGAUCCAGCUGCCGCCCGGUUUGAGCCCCUCCGCUCCCGGCAGUCCCAUCGUGCUUACGAUCCAGCAGAGUCCCGCGCGCACCAACGCCGCCGGGCCCGCCAACAUCCAGUACCAGAUGAUGCCGCAGAUCCAGGUGAUGCCGCAGGGCGGUCAGAUCCAGCUCAUCCCAGGCACCAACCAGGCCAUCAUCACCACUCCCAUGACCAUGCCGGCGGCCGCUGCGGCGACUCCGGUCACGCCUCAGAAGACCGUGGCCAUCAAACCGUCGCUGAAGGUACGGAAGCCAAACAGCGCCGCUGCGAACUUGAUGCAGCUGCCCGCCGGACUCACUCUACCCCUCAACGUUGCAACCGGAGAAGUGGGCGGGUCUCCGGUUGUCACGGAGACGGCCUCCUCGCCUCCCAUGCCUGGAAAGGGGCGAAGAGGGAGGAAGAAGAAAGUGGUUCUGCCAGCCGAACUGCCGCCGACUCAGGCCGCCUCGCCGCCACCGGAGCAGAUGGAGACCAUUUUGAUUGAAGCCGGAGAUAACAUAAUACAGGCGGGAAACAAUUUGCUGAUCGUCCAGAGUCCUGGGCAGCCACCUAUGGUGCAGCAGGUCCAGGUGGUUCAGCCCAAGGCAGAGUCUCAGUUGAUCCAGAUUCCCCAGCAGGCUUUGAAAGUGGUGAAAGCUGCGUCUGCCACGCUGCCUCCGGUCCCACAGAAACAGCCUGUCACUCCGAGUCUGCAGGUGACUCCACCGGAACCAACAUCAACCCAGAUCCUCUUCAAAACAGCUUCAGGCGAGUGGCAGUCAGUUCAACUACAAGACCCAGGCUCAAAGACGACGAGCCCUACCACCUCUGUUGCGCCCACACCCCCCACAUCGCCCCCUGCUGGCAGCAAGAGGACGCAGGCCGGGGCGCGAAAGGAGCGCACUCUGGCAAAGAUCGCCCCAGCAGGAGGGAUGAUCGCAUUCAGUCCGUCGCAACUGUCCUCUGCAGCGCAAGCAGUGCAGACGAUCAGCAUCAACGGGGUUCAGGUCCAGGGGGUUCCAGUCACCAUCACCAACGCAGGAGGCCAACAGCACCUGACGGUGCAGACGGUGCAUGGCGGAGGCCUGCAGCUGGCAGCAGCGCAGGGCCAGCCGACCAUCCAGGUAGACCAGACGCUGACGCUGGAGCUGCCAGGUCAGCCAGGGGAGAAGAAACGUCGCAUGGCCUGCACAUGCCCCAACUGCAAAGAUGCAGACAAGAGGCCCGGGGAAGUGGGGAAGAGGAAACACAUCUGCCACGUCGCUGGCUGCGAGAAGACGUUCAGGAAAACGUCUCUCCUCAGAGCCCACGUCCGGCUGCACACGGGGGAGAGGCCUUUCGUCUGCAACUGGGUUUUCUGCGGGAAACGUUUCACACGCAGCGACGAGCUGCAGAGGCACGCGAGGACGCACACAGGAGACAAACGCUUCGAGUGCAGUCAGUGUAAGAAACGCUUCAUGAGGAGCGACCACCUGACAAAGCAUUACAAAACUCACAUAAACACCAAGAACUUAUGAGGUUUUUUUUUUACCAAAACACUCAGAACUUUACCACAGGAAGGAGUCAGGAAGUCUGCGCAACUCACACAAGGGAAAUAACCCAGAUGAAGCCCCCCAAAAAAUCUCCUCUCACUGACUUGAUGUACAAAGAAAUUCCCCCCUAAGGCUGAUCCAACAAAGCUAUUAAUUACAGUUUAAAUCCAUUUUUAAAAGAUUUUUCUGCUGGUGCGAAAAGCGUCUGAAUGAAACUCGGCUUUAAUUCUGCGGCUUGCAGGUGUUUAAUUCCGUGUCGUCAACCCACAGAGUGAUUCAGAGAUCAACAUGCUAACGGGGAAUCUGCGAUGGUUUCUGUCUCUGCUGUCUCUCAAAAAUCAGGAAAUGUUUUUUUAAAUUGCCCAAAAUAAAUGUUGCCUCAGUGGAAUAUUAAUUUAAGUUUUGGUCACUUUUCAACAUAUAAUUUUUGUAGUUUUAGGAAAAUCAAUGCGUUUAGUUGACAUUCACUAUUUUAUGAGGGUAGCUAACAGUCUCCUGUUACUAUAAUUACUACUACUACUACUACUACUAAUAAUAAACAUUUUAAUGAAAUCUUACACACUGAUUAACUUGACUAGAUCUUGGCUAAAUCAUUGGUGUCCAAACAUUUUGUCCCUGUGUAAAAACUGGCAAAUUUAAUUGACUUGCAGGCGUCAAAAUUAAUUAAACUAAAGAUGCAAAAAUGAGUUUAUUUUGAUUUUUUUUUUUUUUACCGGCUCGAUAAUAAACACAAUUUUUAUGAGAUCUAUCAAUAUUUAGACAUCCAAAACAUAAAAAGGCCUCAGAUAGUUUCUUUAUUAAAAGAAAAAACAAACAAUUUAGUUGUUUUCUGUUUUGUUGGCCAAAUUUUUACCAUUCUUGACCAAUCAAAAUCAUUUCAACGGCCACAAAUGGCCUGCGGACCACAUUUUGGACACCCCUGGGCUUAAUAGAGAUUUUUUUUAACUUACAGGAUUAAUAUAACUUGCAAUCAGAAUGGAGGAUUACACUUUCUCAUUUUGAUAGUUUUUGUUUAAUUUAAAAUAUACAUGAAUCUCCUAACAGAAAAAGGCCAGUAGAUCCGCUGUGAGUGAAACAGUUCAGUUAUUGCUACAACCUGCUGCUUCAGAGUGACCUGAACGCAGCAACAUCAACAUUUUAAUUCAGUCUAAGAUAAAAAAAAAACUGAAUUCGGGUUCAAAUAUAACUGAUAUGGAAAUGCUAAAGUUACCAGGAUCCCAGUUUGAACUGAUUUAGAAGUUUAUUAAAGUGAUUUGUUGUGAUCCACAAAAAAACGUUUAACUGCCAGAGUGAAGGAAAAAACAAAACAGGAGCAGCAUUUUGUUAAAAUGAGUAACUUUUUCAUAUUAAACUAGUUUUAUAUGUUGUUAUAAGAAGAUUUCUCUAAUUAAGAUCAAAAUAUGUUGUUUAAUUAUUAUUAUUAUUUAAAUUCCCUCUGGGAUCAAUGAAGUAUUUUUGACUUUUGAACUAAAUAAGAAAGAUCGUAACAGCGAGAACACGGAGAGCCACAAGGAGCUAAUUUAUUCCAUUUUAAGAAAAAAAAACAAAACGUGCAUAUAUUUGUCUUUAAAUUGAAAUACUGCGCCUAAAUUUAUUCCCCGUCUCUGGCGGUAAAAUGUUUUUGUAUUGAUCACCUAUCAAACCAUUAAAACAAAACAAAAACUGUUUUAAUCCCAAGAUGUGAAGCAACAGGAGUGAAACUAUGAAAUGACACAAAAUUCAUAAAAACUUUCGCAGCUCUGAAUAAAAUAACUCAUCUGUCCAAACGCAUUUAGAAAAUUGUCAGACAUGUUGAAAAUACAGAAACUUUUAUCAAAUUGAGUUUAAUUAAGGAAUUUAAAACAAGCCAUUAAUUUAAAAUUGGCAUUCAAUCAGCUUACAUCUUCUGAAAUGUUUCCUUAAAGGUUUGAAAAAAUUAAAUUUAUGUAAAAUAUUAGAGAUUAAAUGAUGAGUAAAUGACUCGAACUUUCAUUUUGUUUCCACUGUUGGAUCCAGGUACGGUUACAGCUGAGGAAUCAGAUCUCGAUACGUUCGGUACUGUAAAAUCACUUUUUCUCUUGGUAAUCCGGUGACUUUUAGACUUUAUUCCGCACAGGUUGUGAAUUUUCUACUUUACUUUCUACUUUAAGAUUUUGUUAUAAACUAGAGAAGCAGAUUUUUAGCAACACUAGAAGAAUAAAUAAUCAUCAAACUGAUCUGUAAACAGCUGUGAACGACUGAUUUGUCCUCCCAGUACGCCGACAUUUUAUCCCCGUUGCACCUGUAAACAAACCGCAGCAUGUUUUUAUCUCUCCUUGUUUUUCAUGAAGAGAUCUUAAAAUGUCAGAAUUCCAUGUUUGAUUUAACUGAAUUUGAGGUUUUGAUCUGAGUACGCCUGCAUUUAUUCAGGUUCUGAUCUUAUUUUGCCUGUUGGUUUUCAUAAAAUAUGACAGAUUGCGACUCCUGAUUAAACAAAAAUUACUUUAAAACGUCAGCUGUCAAAGUGGGUACAAGUCGACACAUGACUGGUACAAAAAAGUUACGAAAUUGUACGAAAUGAAAGGGGCCAAAAGCCCAGCGCAUAUGAUAGCCAGUUUAUUUAUUGUUUGAUAAAGCUGUUAAAAACUUAAAGAACUCUGUGUAAAUUUGAUUAUAUGAUUGGAUCUGUUAUUAUGCGACAAUCAGUCACAAUAUGCAAUAAAAUGUUUGUUUUUUUCCUUUUUAUUUUUGUUAUUCUCCACCAUAAAUCAAAUCAUAAUUAACAGAAGAUUCUGCUCUGAUUGCAUGCGGUCCAUGUUUGAUAAAACAGGAAGUGCCGACUUCCUUCCAGCAGCCUAAAAUUGAUGAUCCGUUCCUAAUAUUUAUUGAUUGGUUCACAGUUUACAAACCUUUGGCUUAAUGUAUGCCAUUAAAGUUCAGUUAUUUCACACAGGGUGACAGAUUUCUUUAGUUUCGGGUGGCCAAUAUUUGUUGUAAUAUAUUUUAAAAGUUGUCUGGAGACUUGUGGGUGGAAAAAAAUAUUUAUGUUUUUCAUAAAUAUGUAAAUAGUGUUUUUUGGAACCAGUAAAUGUAGGCUAUCAAAAAAGUUACAUAGGUAUUCGGUCGGAAGGAAAGAACUUUGUACAGUUUGUAAGUUAAAGUAUAUAAAUAUAUAAAAUCUAAAUAUAUAUAUAUAUAAAUUGUGACAUUGUAUAGAUUCAUUCCUGCUUUGUAUUAUUUGUUUAGAUUUUUUUAACUGAAUGAGAGAUGCCUUAGACAGCUGCGCCCAGUAUUUAACUGUUUUUGUUGUUUUUUUUGUCUAAUCCUGGUUAACCUUUGUAAAACUGGCUUUGUGUUUCUACCUUAUGUUAUGUAAUGUCACGAGCACUGAUUAUAAACCCCUAGGUUCCAAAUUUUGUACAAAAUUAUUGCUGAUUGUAAUUAAAUAUAAUGCUUUUUUUUCUAAAUUAUGGCAUUUCUGGUGCUCAAUUUCUGUAAAUGAAGCUAUUCUUCUUCAAACCUAACAUAAUGUUCUUCAGCCGCUUUGUGUGUGUUUGCCAGAAGGACACAAAGAACCAGCAAAUAAUCAUCAAUAUUAAAGGUGCUAACACACAUUUGCUCCUUUUCUACAGUCACCUCAAUAAAAAGUGCUCAAACCAG